AUGGCAAAGAACAGUAACAUAGCAAUCCAUAGUCAUGUAAAGUCCCUGGGCCUAGACAAUCUUGGGAGGCCUCUGGACGUGCCGGAUGCGGUGGUUGGACAGGAAGAUGCACGAGAAGCUGCAGGUCUCAUAGUAGAAAUGGUUAGGACAAAGAAGAUGUCUGGUAGAGCAGUACUUAUAUCCGGGCCUGCAGGGUGUGGGAAAACUGCUCUUGCUGUUGGAAUCAGCGAGGAGCUAGGCCCUGGAACUCCAUUUACCUCGAUGAGUGGUAGCGAGAUAUACUCCAGCGAAGUGAAGAAGACCGAGGUCCUUGAAGAGGCUCUGAGAAGAUCAAUUCUUGUGCGGAUGAGAGAAUUGAAGGAUGUUUAUGAGGGAGAGAUAGUUGAUCUUCGGAUUGUGGAUGAGGAAAAUCCAUUGAGUACUCAUGGUAGAAGAGUUAAGGAGAUAUUUGUUACUUUAAAGACAAGCAAGGAGUCAAAGAAACUUAAGCUUGCACCAUCUCUCUAUGAGCAGAUAGAUAAGCAAAGGAUAGUCAAUGGGGAUGUUGUUUACAUCGAAGUCAAUUCAGGAGUUAUCAAGAAGUUAGGGAGGAGCGAGGCUCACAUGAAUGACUUUGAUCUUGAAGCCGAAGCUUAUGUCCCUAUUCCAAAGGGAGAAGUUCUGAAGAGAAAAGAGGUGGUACAAUCUGUAACGCUUCACGACUUGGAUAUGGCAAAUGCCCGGCCUUCUGGACAAGACAUGCUUUCGCUUGUUUUCCGGAUACUGAGUCCCAAGAAGACAGAAAUAACAGAAAGACUAAGAAGCGAUGUCAACAAGAUGGUGAACGAAUAUCUUGAGAAGGGGAAUGCCGAGAUUGUUCCUGGAGUUCUCUUUAUUGACGAGGUCCAUAUGCUUGACAUUGAAUGCUUCACCUUCCUCCACAAGGUCAUCGAGUCUCCGCUCAGCCCAACAAUAGUAUUUGCCUCUAACAGAGGAAUGGCUCCAAUUAAAGGAAGUGGAGGGCUCCUCGGGCCCUUUGGAAUUACCAAGGACUUGCUUGAUAGAGUUGUGAUUAUCAGUGUAAAGAGCAACUCAAGCGAGUCAAACAGAAAGAUUAUCGAGAUGAGGUUGAAGGAAGAAGGGCUUGAGAUGGAUGACGACGGACUUGUGUUUCUUGCAAGCUUGAGCUCUUCAAGGGGGCUGAGAUAUUGCAUAAGUCUUAUUCCUCUGCUGAAAACAUACGGAAGGAGUGUUGGAGUUAGGGAUGUGGAGGAGGUGAGUGAAUUGUUCCAUGACGGUUAA